AUGAAAGAGAGCGAUUUCACGCUUGUGGCGCCGCGGCAGCCACAUGGCGCCUUGACGCAAACCCCAGGCGAGGCUCGCCGGCCGAGGCGACGGCCGCUGCUGUCUCUGCUCGCCGCUGUGAUCAGUUUGGUCGUUUUCUGCAUCUGCAUCGAAGCGCCAACAGGAGUUGAGGCCGACAUAUGGAAAGAAUUGAAAUCCCAAAGGAAAUUACUCAAGUCAGAGGAGAAAUUAAUGAAGAAAUUUAGAAAGAAGCUGAGGAAGUAUAACAAAAAAACCUCGUCCGGUUGGACUUCGUCCUCGAGGACAAAAGCAAAAAUGAAGGCGGCAAAGUAUGUGGGAAAGUUGAAACAGCAAAUGCUGGUUGUCAAGGAAAAUGUGAUGAAGCUCCAGUCGAAGAUGGGAAAGGCUAAAGAAGAACUAAAGCAUCUGUCGGGGAGGAAACAGAGGAAGAAACAAAAGAAGAUCGAUGAAGCGCAAGAGAGGUUGGUAAAAACGUCGGCGGAGUAUAAAAAAGCGAUUUCAGAGCUGCAAAAUACCGGAGAAAAUAUAGACGAUCUCACCUUACCUACGAUUAGCAGUGGUGGCGAUUAUGAAGAGGAGGGUGACGGAUCGUCAGACGACGAUCGCGACGUCCGAAAAAAAUCAUGA